ACAAAAUAUUUUAACUAUAUGCAGCAAAACAGCAAAUUUCUGAUUUUUAUUAAAUCUUGGAGCAGUGAGAAGUUGUCAUCUGCCCCAGCUCUCUUGAAGCCACAUAUCUGCUCCCUAAAUUCUGGAUUGUGUCAAAAAUCUCUCGCCUUUGUUGUUAGCCUGAAACCAGAUGAAGCUUUUGAAUUUCUUGAGGCGAGGAAAGCUAAUUCUAGGCAAAGAUAUGAAGAAGAGACAGGUCCAACAGCCAAGAGAGCCCGAUAGAGCAACACUCAAGCAACAUUGGAACCUAAUGUGCAGGAGAAAAAUGACAUACUUGAAGUUACUGCUAAAUGUUUUGAAAGAGAUGAACUGCUGCCAUUCACUGAGUCUACGCAUAUUGAACUUAAAGGGUUUGCAACAAAGAAUGUCUUGAAAUAUGUUAAAAGCACUCUUCCAAAUUAUGUAUCUGCAUUUGCAAACACAUAAGGCUAUUUAAUUAUUGGAGCGGAUGAUAAGAGGACAGUGUGGUUGGAUGUCAAGAGGAUGUGAAUGUUGACAGGUUACGAAUGGAAGUAAUUUAUGGCAUCGGGAAUUUGCCUAUCUAUCAUUUCUGCAAAGCAGGGGGAAAAGCGAAAUAUGAAAUCAAAAUCUUGGAUGUAUAUGAUGCAUCUAGAAGAAAAUACGGUUAUGUUUGUGCUGUGAAAAUUGAGCUGUUUUGUUGUGUUGUGUUUUCAUGCAACCCUGAUUCAUGGAUUGUGAAGGCCCGGCUUGCCAAGAGACUGAGAGUCACGGAAUGGACAGACAUGAUGGUGGCUGCUGACCCAGAUCUUUCCAAAUUGGCUGCAGACUUCAUGACUCAGCUAAGUGUGUCAGGUGCACCUCCGGUGGCCAAACCAAUCUAUUUAAAGCAAGGCCUCAGCUGUUUGGAAGAUCUGCAAAAGCGUCUUUUUGCAGUGAAUUCUAGUGGGAUAACAUACAGUCCAGAAAAACUCAGCCAAGAACUGUUCUCAGAAUAUCAGGACGUGGAGGAUUUAAUAAAAGAGCAAAGGAAAGCUCUGGAGACUUCCCAGAGACUACUGAUAUUUUCCAGAAGCUGAGCUGUUGAUGUUGGAUUGUCAGAGAACCAGCAUGUUGUCCACAACGUCCUCUUAAUAGCCACAGGCAAACACCCUACGCUGUACAGAGUCACUGAGAAGAGCCAUCCCGCAGCCAUGCCUGAUUAUGCAAGAAACUCUGCUCAAACAUUAAAGCAAACACUGGUAAAUAUUGGGGGAUACACGGAGAAGGUAUGUGUGAUUCCACAACUCCUCAAGCUUCAAACCAAUGGAUAAGAAGAAAAUGUCAGGUUUCAGGUUGCAGACUCGGGUUUGCUCACUCGAGGAAGAGCAAGAGCUUCAAGAAAGGCAUCCGUGAGGCGUGCCAAAAAUGUCAAGGCUUCCUCACAAAGAAACCUCAGGACUGGUUCAGUGAGAAUGAUUGGGAAAUGCUUGCCUUCCAAAUGGAGAGAGCACACAGUGACAUCAGCUCCAAAUAGAAGUGCCCACAUUCGUGACCUUCAGUACAGAUCAGUCACUUGAUGGACCCUGCCACAUGGACAGUUUUGCACACGUAGGGGAAGAAUUCAUCUCCCCCAUGUGUGUGUUAGCUAAAGCCACCAUUGAGUCAGUGUGUAACAUGUAAUAAAAAGACAGGAGAAUUUA